AUCCGUUGUUAAUCCAAGUCAGCACUGCCAACACCGUGCCGAGAGCGUGCAUCCUCGACCACAAGCGGCAAAGCACGUAAGCUCGCCGUCGAUUCUGGACGCAAAACGCAUGUGGUUCUCGCUUCCUCUAACGCCACAGAAAGAGGGUAGCAGCUCGGUCUUCAUUCCAAGCCUGCCCUGCUCCAGACUUGGACCAGACCGUGUCCACGUUGCUCCGAAGCUCCGCUCUGGCCCACAUCAACUGCUUGGCUCUUCUCGGUUUAGUGAAAACCCCUCAGUCACCACGCCGCCCAGUCACCGCGGUAUUUCCAUCGCAUUCGACGACGAGCAAACCCAAUAUCUCCGGCCAGAAACUGGCAGUCUCUCCCGAAAUCCUUCCACGGCUGCCGUCACGCGCCAUCGAGCUCGGCUUUGCCACGCUGGUCCGCCGCAAUGAGCAUCGAGGGGAACGAGCUGCUCGAGGCCUUCAAGGCCGCCGCCCUGUCGGUGACGAAGCUCUAUAAACUGUCGGCUUCGGCGCAGGCCAAGUCGCGCGCGGAUGGAUACCAAGACUGCCUCGAAGAUCUUCUUUCGUUCCUAGACAAGGAGGCUAUUGGCUUGCAGGACGGCGAGGCGCAGAGGGUGCGCAAGUGGGUCACCGACCGGAUAGAGGGGCGAGAUGGGACGUCGCCGCCGCUUGAGAGCGACGACGAAGCAGAUAAAUCCGACCCUCCCGUUCUGUCCUCCCCGCAGAUGCCGCGCGCGGCUCCGGCUCCGGUACAGCGUCUGAGCGACAAGAACGAAGUCCACAUGAGAGAUUCAUCAGCGCCCCCAGUCCUCACGACGGUACCCCUCGCACCGACCCCGACAGUGGAAGAAGCCGAUAUCGUUGUUCCGACACAAGACACUUUUACCUUUCAAGCAUCACAUCCUUACCCUCAUGAUGAGGCCCUACGCCUAGCCAACCUCGACCUCUCCGACUCGCAAGCAAUGGGCCCGUCAAGCAGUCGCUCAGCGACGCGAAGUGGGAGGAAUAGGAAUGGACGGACAGGGCCACGGCCGUUGCUGGGGAGGGGAGCCGGGCAGAAGCGGAAGCUCAACCUAGCCGAGAUCUUUGAUCUGGGCAACCUGGAUUAUGGGAACGGCAAAGACGUGUUCGGGGGCGGUGGGAAACGGAGCCGGUUCAUAUGACGCAGGCUGGCUUGAGGCAUAUUCCACACAAUCCCUUUCCCGUUCUCAGCACUGGUGGGAUCUUGUCUCGUUGCGGGAGGAAUGGGGGAGCAUUCUCGCUCGCGUUGGAUGGCAUUCCUAGGAGCGCAUCAGCAUCGGCACGGACAGGCGAGGAGCAAGGGCAAGGACAAGGACAUGGAUUUGACACCCCGUGGGCACGCUA